GAGGCCCUUGUCUGACGUACUUCCGGAGCAUGGGAACAGCGGAAGUUGCACUGGCUCCCGGGAAUACAGAGUCGGGAACAUGGUGGUCACCAGGUCCGGGCUGUCUGGGACCAGGCCCCAAGUAGCGUCAGAGAGCUCCCAGCAGAAGAGUUCUGCUCCUCCAGGAAUUGGGACACAGCUGGAAAGCAAGAAAGAAUCAGGAUCCGAUGUCAGAAGCGCUGCUGAGAAAGGAAGUGGGGUCCUCUCUAGAAAGAGGACAAGCAAGAAUGCAGGCCCCCCAGCAGAGAUAGCUGAACCGACCACUGACGCAGAGGUCUCUGAAGCAGAGUCCCAUGCCUCGGGGGUUUCUUCUGUGCUCAAGGCCCAGCAGCCCAUUAUAAGAAUAACUAGGAAGAGGCAGGUCGUAGUCACACCCACCCCGAAGUCCAGUGUGAGGAAAAGGCAGAAAGUAGCCCAUCAGCAUGAGCCUCUUGAUGAAGAAGUUGUCUCUGAAGCAGAGUCCCAUGCUUCGGGGGUUUCGAUGGUUGUCCCUCCCACAGAAAGAAGCAGAAGAAGUAAGGCUAAAUCUCAGAGAGGUUCAAGCCAAGAGUCACAGACAGAAGCUGUAUCUGACGGUGAGUCCUCAUGCUCGGGCAUUUCAUCAUUUGAGAUUUCACCUAGGAGAACAGCCAGGAAUACGCAGAAGAAAUUACAGUUCCAAGCUGAGAAGAAAGAUACUAAGAUUGUACUGGGAAAUAAAAAGCAAAUCGUGAGCACAUCUGUGAAUUCACAGGACUCAGAUACUAGACAGACCUCUCAGUUACCAGCGAGACCACAUUCUCAGAUACAUAGGCCAAAUUUCUCUAAUAAUGAAACUUACAAUAAUGACUUUGAUGAUUCCAUCCACAGCAAUAAAGAAAAAAAACAAAAAACACAAACCCACCAACGUUUAUAUACACAAGAAGAACAAGAAGCCAGUGUUGUGUCUCUUAAAGAAAUCGGGAAGGAGAAUUGUAAGAGCCUGGAUGAAGAGGACACCAAAAUAUUAGAGGAAAAAGAAAUUAAUGAGAAAGGUUCCCAGUUGAAUCUUUCUGAAGUUCAAGACACCAGUCUUCAGCAGUCAGUUUCUCAGAAUCAUUCAAGCACCCUAAAUAAUGAAGCCAUGCCGCAGCGUCCAAGUCCACAUCGUGAGGCCAUAAUGAAGUCAUUAGCGCACAAGUUUGCAGUUGUGAAAAUAGAAAGGUUGACUGAAGAAAGAGUAGACAGCCUAAAAGGGAGUGAGCUGACACAGCUCGGUGAUUGUGGUGAUGAUAAUGAUGAGCCUCUAAGUGUAGAUGUCAGGGAAAACACCAGCAGCCAAAGUGACGUGGGUCUUGAAUGCGACACCAAAGUAUGCAAGUCUGAACUCAACCUGUCUCAGGAUAUGGAUAGUUCCGUUUUAUUAUUUCUUAGCAGUGAUGAGAGCCAACAGUCUGAAAACAGUGAGAAUGAGAAGGACACUGUGUGCUCUGUUGAAAGCAGUGGCCACAAGGAGUCGCCAGAUGGAGGAGACUUGGAAGACUCAGCGUGUGGUGGUGCACUGUUUGUAAUCGACAGAACUCCUGGACUGAGUGCCGACAAGAGUUUUUACCUGGAGGACAAGACCCCCAGUGAAGUUGCUCCUGACGAAGAAGAAAAGGAGGAGGAAGAAGUUGAACACAGUGAGGAAGAAGAAUCAUCAGACAGUGAUGAAAAUAAAGACGAGUCCAGUGAUGAGGAAGACUUACUGAGUAACACCAAGUCCAAGCUUUUGAAGUUGACAAGUAGCAGCAUAGAUCCUGGACUAAAUAUCAAGCAGCUGGGUGGUUUGUAUAUUAAUUUCAAUGUAGACAAACCGCAGCCUCACAAGAAAACCCUAACACAGGUCAAGGAGAAAAAGAAAAACGAGCUUCUUCAGAAAGCUGUCAUUACACCUGAUUUUGAAAAAAACUAUUGUAUCCCACCUUAUAGAGAAUCGAAGCAUCAACUUCAGAAACAGCGCAGGAAAGAGCGACAAAAAACAGCUGGCAAUGGUUGGUUUGGCAUGAAAGCUCCGGAACUGACAGAUGAACUGAAAAACGAUCUCAAAGCAUUGAAGAUGAGAGCAAGCAUGGACCCAAAAAGGUUCUACAAGAAAAAUGACAGAGAUGGUUUCCCCAAGUACUUCCAGGUUGGAACCAUCGUAGAUAAUCCAGCUGACUUCUACCAUUCAAGAGUUCCCAAGAAACAAAGGAAAAAGACUAUUGUGGAAGAGCUGCUGGCUGACUCUGAGUUCAGGAGAUUUAACCGAAGGAAGUAUUCAGAAAUCAUGGCUGAAAAGGCAGCAAAUGCAGCAGGAAAGAAGUUCCGGAAAAAGAAGAAAUUUCGCAAUUAAGAUCCACAAAGCAUUUUAUAGAUCCCCUUUAUUUUCUGAAGCUCAUCACAUAAUUUAUAUAAAUAAUAUAUAGAUAAAUAGUGAUUUCUGUUUGGAAAUAAAGCUGACUGACAAAAUCAA